CGUUUUCCUUGUCGCGAGUAAUAGGGAGGUUUUUACAGCAAAAAGGAUGGCAGGAAACUUCUGGCAAAGCUCGCACCACCAGCAGUGGAUACUGGACAAGCAGGAUCUGAUCCGGGAGCGGCAGCACGAUCUUAAAACGCUCACCGAAGAAGAGUACCAGAAGAUUUUUAUGUUCUUCGCCAACAUCAUACAGGUGCUGGGAGAGCAGCUAAAGCUGCGCCAGCAGGUCAUCGCUACGGCCACCGUGUACUUCAAGCGGUUCUAUGCCCGAAACUCGCUCAAGUGUAUCGAUCCGCUGCUGCUGGCACCGACCUGCAUACUGCUUUCCUCGAAGGUGGAAGAGUUUGGCGUGAUUUCCAACUCGCGGCUCAUCACCACGUGCCAGACGGUGAUCAAGAAUAAGUUCAGCUACGCCUACCAGCAGGAGUUCCCGUACCGUACCAACCACAUACUGGAGUGUGAAUUUUACCUGCUCGAAAACCUUGACUGCUGUUUGAUCGUGUACCAACCGUACCGCCCGCUGCUGCAGCUAAUGCAGGACAUCGGGCAAGAGGAACAGUUGCUGACCCUUACCUGGAGGCUCAUCAAUGAUUCGCUGCGAACGGACGUGAGCCUGCUGUAUCCACCGUACCAGAUCGCCAUCGGAUGUCUGCAGAUAGCGUGCGUCAUUCUGCAGAAGGAGUUAAAAUCGUGGUUUGCAGAGCUGAACGUCGACAUGGACAAGGUGCAGGAGAUUGCACGUGCUAUAGUGAAUCUGUUCGAGCUUUGGAAAGGGUACGACGAGAAGAAGGAAAUACAGGCCCUGUUGGAAAAGAUGCCGAAACCGAAGCCGCACCCGCAGCGGUGAUUUGUCGACCAUCAGCAGUGUACCGAUCAUCAGGCGAGGGUGGUCAGCAUUGAUUGAACGUGAAUCCUUUCCAUAAUAUACAUAUAUAUGUGCAUCUCGCGCCACCCUUCUCGAUAGCCCACAGCCACAACAGAACUGAUUCCGUACAUGUAACACGCGGGUAGCUUGUAAUGAACCCUUGUGAUUCCAAGACUUCGAGGCGGGCGUGCGCACUCAACAUGUAUCAUCUAUAUACUCUGCUUUGAAUGAAUCAUAAUUUAUUCCCCAUUAUUACCCACAA